UUUGCUGACCUAUCCUUUAGGAAGAAAGUUGAUGUUUGAAGUGUCAAAAUUUUACGAAGAAUAACAACGAUCCGUCCCUUUCCCCUUAAAUCAAAUUAUUUGAUGUUGCCCAGUAAUGGAAGUUGGUCUACGAGUUGUGCGGGGACCAGACUGGAAGUGGGAAAUCCAAGACGGCGGGGAUGGCCACACUGGCACAGUUGUUGAAAUCGGUAAACCGGGCAGCACAACAUCUCCGGACAAAACUGUGGUCGUACAGUGGGACUCUGGUGCCAGAACUAACUACAGAGUAGGAUAUCAGGGUGCCUACGAUCUUAGGAUACUAGACAAUGCUCCUACAGGUGUGAAGCACACCAACAUUAUCUGUGAUGCGUGUAAGAAACAAGGGAUCCAGGGCAUGAGGUGGAAAUGCACAAAGUGCCACGACUUUGACCUUUGCACUCUCUGUUAUAUGAUCGAUAAACAUGACUUGACUCAUUCCUUCAUGAGAUUUGAGUCGUCCAGUUCGAAAGGGUUUAAAAUGACGACGCGAAUGGUAGCAGCCAAGAGUCAGGCAUGGGGUAUAUUUACUGGAUCUCGGGUUGUGCGAGGACCGGAUUGGGACUGGGGUAACCAGGAUGGUGGUGAAGGAAAAAUAGGCAAAGUUACAGAUAUCCGAGGUUGGGACUCGGAAUCUAGUCGCAGUGUAGCGCAUGUCACAUGGUCAUCAGGGUCAACCAACGUCUACCGUGUCGGUCACAAGGGCAAGGUCGACCUGAAGUAUACACAACCGGCAGCUGGCGUGAUGUACUAUAAGGAUCAUCUCCCUGUGCUGGGUGAAUUUGUUGAAGUAGCAGGUCCUGGAAUCGUUUGUCAGUUUAAGGUCAGCGAUAAAGUUCGAUGUGACCUUGAGGUAGAAAUAUUGAAACAGAUGCAGGAAGGUCAUGGAGGCUGGAACCCACGUAUGGCUGAGUACAUUCAUAAAGUGGGUACAGUGCACAGGAUAACUGACCGAGGCGAUGUGCGUGUGCAGUACGACGGUUGUAGCAACCGGUGGACAUUCCAUCCUAGCGCGCUUAAUAAGGUGCACUUGUUCACCCAAGACGAUGUUGUGAAGAUAGUUGAUAAUGAGCAGCGGAUUAAAGAGCUACAGAAAGACCAUGGAGAGUGGACAGACACCAUGAGAAAUACACUGGGUAAGCUAGGCCGGGUGCUGAAGGUGUACACUGAUGGUGAUCUGCGGGUGAACGUGGAGGGACAAACCUGGACGUUCAACCCCGAAUGUUGUCAGCUUAUACCACACGGGGCACAAGAGAUGAAUAACACCAUGGGCAGCCAUCGAGAUAGACCGGAGACAAUACCGACCCUGACAGCACUGUUGGACCAGCUGGUUGAGCUGCGGAGUAAGCCGGGCCUGGAGACUGGCCCGGACCGUCUGGUUCGAGAGGCAGCACAAGGACAUGUGGAAAUUGUCCGUGAGAUCAUAACAAAAUUUCCAGACAAGGUUGAUCAGAAGAGUUCAGGGAAAACUGCGUUGCAAGUUGCAAGUCACCAAGGUCACCGGGAGAUUGUUUCAUUGUUGCUUGCAGCAAAUGCUAAUUUAGAACUGCAGGAUGAAGAUGGUGACACAGCACUUCAUUACUCAGCAUUUGGUAACCAGCCAUUCGUCAUGGAGGUGUUGCUGCAGAAGGGGGCUCAGAUAAAUGCCCUGAACAAUGGGGGCUGCAGCACGCUUCACGUCGCCGUCAACAAACAACAUCUACAGUGUGUCAAUGUCUUGCUCAAGGAAGACUGUAAUGUUAAUAUACAGGAUGCUUAUGGUGACACAGCCUUGCACGACGCCAUCGGGAAAGAAAGUCGAGAGAUUAUUGACUUGUUGAUCAAUUUCCCCGGCAUUGACUUUACCCUGAGGAAUAAACGGGGAUUCAAUGUCUUGCACCAUGCAGCCCUGAAAGGCAACAAUGUAGCCACAGAUAAAAUUUUAAUAAAGUGUCGUCAGAUCGUAGACAUCAAGAAAGACGAUGGUUUCUCUUCAUUACAUCUGGCAGCUCUGAACGGACACAAAGAUGUCGCAGGAACACUCCUGGGAACGGGCCAUGCUGACAUAGAGAUCCGUAACAAUCGCCAACAGACCCCGCUGUUGCUGGCUGUGUCCCAGGGGCACACAGCGCUCAUAGAGCUGUUGGUCAGCCAAGGUGCGAACGUCAACGUCGCAGAUGAAGAUGGUGACACCUGCUUGCAUCUGGCACUGAUGAGGCAAACUGUAGCUACCGAGAAGGAGAGUUCUCCGACCUUGGAUGCACCAACUAUUUAUCAGAUUCGGACACAGCUUGGAAUGACAGAUGAAGAGGAACAGACGGGGGCAGCCAUUGCUUGCUACCUGGCUCAGCAGGGGGCGAAUCUCAUGCAUCAGAACCACCAACAUAAGACACCACUCGACAUCAUCAGUGAUCCUCGGGUGGAGGAAGUCGUCAAGCAGUUUGCUACAGCUUAUGCCACCGGUAAUCGCACAGAGCUCCCAAUGUGUCUGGAGGGAGAGGAGUUGGUAGAAUGUGAAGUUUGUUGCGGAGAGCGAGCUAACGUGACGUUCGAGCCAUGUGGGCACGUGAUAGUAUGCCUUGAGUGUUGUGUGAAGAUGAAGAGGUGUCUCAAAUGUAAAGUUCCCAUUGAGAUAAAGCGUGGACCAGAUGGCCGUCCUGUUGGUUCUAUUCGACAGCCAAUCAACGAAACAGAUGCUGUAAUACUGAAGAAGAAGCUUCAGGAAAUGGAGGAAUCUCUUAUGUGCCCAGUGUGUAUGGAACGAAAGAAAGACACAGUGUUUCUUUGUGGACACGCUCUGUGUGGGAAGUGCUCGGACGCGUUGAAGUUAUGUCCAAUGUGUCGGAAACCAAUUUCUAAAAAGAUUCCACUUUAUCAGUGAUUGGUGUAGUUCAUAUGGAAAGUUUUCCAAAAUACUCAAAAAUACCAAAUUUAUCAGUGCUCCACCAGAAGUUCCAUCAUCGUCCAUGAUGCAUCAGAAUGGCGUCGUACCUGCAACAGUCAUCCAUUGAAAGAUGUGUUUACUGUGUGACGAGUGUGUACAAGCGGUGUUUUAUCACAUGGCAUUUACUAACGUUUGUAGAGAUAGAGCAUCAUAUUGAUUUGUAACCUUGGCAACAGCUGUUUGGAAAGGUAUGAUUAUGAGAGUUAUAUCCUACACACAGUUCAACAGUUAUUGGUUUUAUGUCCACCCUAAAGCCGUGAUGUUACAGUAAGAUAUAGUGUAAUAGGAAGUGCCAAUCAGGUUACCGCAUUCUAAGGACUGUGUGCCUCCGUAUCUUCGUUUGUUGACAUGUGACAAACCAGGUGAAAGAAAAUUCAUGAAAAGCAACAAUGUUUUAAUACACAACAGCAGUGUCAGGUGAUAAGAUAAAUGAAGGAUAUUGCGUGAUAUACAACACUGUUGCAUUGUGCAGAAAGAGUGUUGGCUUGUUUCUCUACACAGUGUGAUAAUAUACAACUGCAUCAUUGUGACAAGCUGGAUGAAGUACAAUGUGAUGACAUCACUAUACAAGGAACAACUGCAUCAUUGUGACAAGCUGGAUGAAGUACAAUGUGAUGACAUCACUAUACAAUGAACAACUGUAUCAUUGUGACAAGCUGGAUAAAGUACAUGCAUGAUGGCAACACUAUACAAUGAACAACUGCAUCAUUGUGACAAGCUGGAUGAAGUACAUCAUGAUGGUGACACUAUACAAUGAACAACUGCAUCAUUGUGACAAGCUGGAUAAAGUACAUGCAUGAUGGUGACACUAUACAAUGAACAACUGCAUCAUUGUUACAAGCUGGAUGAAGUACAUCAUGAUGGCGACACUAUACAAUGAACAACUGCAUCAUUGUGACAAGCUGGAUGAAGUACAAUGCAUGAUGGUUACAGUGUGCAAUUUGAAGUACAGCAAUGUCAUGCGCUGGACAAAACAUACAAUGCAUGAACAUGAAUGAAUGCAACAAAGUGACAGGGUGAAGAACUGCAUCUUGGCAACAGUGUAACAAGUUGAGUGAAGAACAAUGCAUCUUUGCAACAGUCUGACAAGUUGGAUGAAGAAAAUGCAUUAUGGCAACAAAAUGACAAGUUGGAUGAAGGAUAAUGCAUUAUUGCAACAAAAUGUCAAGUUGGAUGAAGGACAAUGCAUCAUGGCAACAAAAUGACAAGUUGGAUGAAGGAUAAUGCAUUAUUGCAACAAAAUGUCAAGUUGGAUGAAGGACAAUGCAUCAUGGCAACAAAAUGACAAGUUGGAUGAAGGACAAUGCAUCGUAUCAACAGUCUGAAAAGUUGGAUGAAGGACAAUGCAUCGAUCAACAGUCUGUAAUGGCAACAAAAUGACAAGUUGGAUGAAGGACAAUGCAUCGUAUCAACAGUCUGACAAGUUGGAUGAAGGACAAUGCAUCAUGGCAACAAAAUGACAAGUUGGAUGAAGGACAACACAUCGUAUCAACAGUCUGACAAGUUGGAUGAAGGACAUGCAUAAUGGAAACAAAUGACAAGUUGGAUGAAGGACAAUGCAUCGUAUCAACAGUCUGACAAGUUGGAUGAAGGACAUGCAUCAUGGCAACAAUGUAACGAGUUGGAUGAAGGAUGACAAUGACAACAAUAUACGAAAUGUGAUGAAAAGGGUAAAGCAGAAUGCAUGGCAACUGAGUCAGAUGCAGAUCUGUGAAAGAAAUGCAUUCUGGCAAAUGGACACACUGUAUAAUGGAAGGCUGGCAACAGUACGACAAGUUGAAUGAUGGCAAAUGUGUCAGUGUGUCACACCCAGGCAUAAACAGUUUCCAUGACAAACAUUGUGUACAGACAACGGAAAUAUUGUUAGAGGGUGGUACAGUGUGGAAUCACUUUUAAAGGUCUGACGAACAAACAAGGCCAUGGAACAAUAUAUAAGCCUAAACCUUAUGGAUUAUGUCGUGUACAAGUUUAUCUAAGACACCUACCAUCACCUCCAGCAGGUCAUCAACCGUCAUCACUCUAUGGGUGUUUAAUUAUGACGUAAUCUUUCGAAAGUGAAACUAUAACUUUCUCCACAAGACAAUGGUAAACAUAACAUGUUACAUGCAGGGUAAGACAAGCUUAA